AUGGUGGCCUUUUCUAAAGUCGUCUCGGGCAUCGCCCUUGUUGCGGGUGCCGUCGCCCACCCAGGCGAGCAGCAUGACAAUGAGCACAUCCGGCGCGAGAUCGAGGUCCGUGAUAUCCACGCCGCCCUGGGUGCCCGUGCCCUGGCCCAGUGCUCCAAUACUGCCACAGCCCGCCGCCUCAAGCAGCGCUCUGUCCAGCGCCGCGCCGACAAGGUCAAGGCCAUCCGUGAGGCCCGCGGCAUCAAGGCCAACCCCAAGAAGUUCCGCCGCGAUCUGGCCGCCCUCGAGGAGUGGGAGACGGUCAACCACAACAUGUCGGGCGAGUACGACUACAACGUGUUCACCUCGCUCGAGACUGUCUUCGACGCCAAUACCUCCUGCAUUCUGGCUCCUGAGGUGACUGCUGGGCCUUACUACGUCGUGGGCGAGUACUUCCGCUCCAACGUCAAGGAGACUCUGUACUCUGAGGGUGUCGACCUAUUCCUCGAGGUGCAGUAUGUUGACAUCAGCACCUGUGCUCCUGUGCCGGAUGUUGCAGUCGAUAUCUGGAAUGCCAACGCCACUGGUGUUUACUCGGGUAUCUACACUUCUGGAAACUAUGCCGCCGACGGUGUCAACUCGACCUACCUCCGUGGUAUCCAACUGACCGACCACGAGGGUGUCGCCCAGUACGAGACCAUCUUCCCCGGCCACUACGACGGCCGCGCCACCCACACCCACCUUUUGGCCCACACCAACGCGACCCUCCUGCCCAACGGCACCAUCUCCCUCUUCAACAAGCCCGUCUCCCACAUUGGCCAGCUCUUCUACCCCGAGUCCCUCCGCUCCGCCGUCGAGGCCACCUCCCCCUACAACACAAACACCGUCGCCGUCACCUCCAACGACGACGACAUGUGGUCCAUCGUCCAGGCCGACUCCAGCUACGACCCUUUCCCCCAGUUCCUCUACCUGGGCGAUGAUAUCACCGAUGGCCUGUUUGCCUGGAUCCAGAUCGGCAUCAACGCCACCGCGGACUACCAGGACAACAGCUACUACGCCGUCGCCGGCUACCUGGCGGCCGAUGGUGGUCAUGCUGAGGAGAACUCCCUGACUGGGGGUGGUGGCGGCGGCAACGGAACUGCUCCUUCUGGUGCUGCACCUUCUGGCACUGCUGUCCCUACAUCGGUGUAA